UCCAUCUCAACUUUCUUCUUCUGAUCCCAAACUUUUUUCACUCCCUUUAAAAUCUUCUUUCGGAGCUUCCCAAGUUUUUAGGUAUCUCCAUGUUUAUGCGGGAUUUAGCAUUGCAUCGCUGAUAUGAUUUAGUUCUUCCCUUUAGCAUCCGAAAGAAUCCCAGGUUUCUUGUUCUUUUUUGCCCGAGAUUUUCAGUAUCGAGGGAUCUGAAGUCUUUUUUGUAGUUGGGUUUUGAAGUUCUUCAUAUUUUGAACCACUUGAUUUUCUUGUUUUAUUUUUCCUUUUUAGGAAUAUAUAUUUUGAUCGUGAAAAUAAAGUAUUGAUCUUUUGCUGACUACUUUUUAUGCUAUGCUGCAAAUUGAGAGACCCCAUUUGGCUGAAAGUUCCAGGAAAGUGAAUCAUUCCUAAAGACUAGAGCUUUGCCUCUUUUAUAUAGUUCUGUUGUGGUGCUCUGCUCAUCAAAGUAAAAAAAAAAAAGAAAAACAAAGGCUUUGGCUGUGUUGAUCUGUGUUUAUGUUCUUUGGGACUGGCGGCUGAAUCCUGAAAUAUAUCACGUUGAUUUUUGGAAAGCAUUUAUCUAUUUUCAAAUGGGGAAUUGCUGCACUGCACCGAAAACUUCUGAUGAGAAGAAGAGAAAGGGAAAGCAUAAGCCAAAUCCAUUUGCUUCUGAUAGCAAUGGCCAUGUGCCAAACGGUGGGCACAAAUCUCACGUGUUGAACAAUCCAACCGGGCAUAACAUCGAGGAAUUUUACAAGCUCGGGCGUGAGCUCGGCCGAGGUGAAUUUGGGGUAACGUAUUUGUGUACAGAUAAAACCAGUGGUGAGUUAUUUGCCUGUAAAUCGAUAUCGAAAAAGAAGCUUAGAACUAGAGUUGAUAUUGAGGACGUUAGACGAGAGGUUGAGAUCAUGAAGCAUUUGCCUAAACACCCGAAUAUCGUGAGAUUGAAGGAUACUUAUGAGGAUGAUCAUGCUGUACAUUUGGUUAUGGAGUUGUGUGAGGGUGGUGAGUUGUUUGAUAGGAUUGUGGCAAGAGGGCAUUAUACUGAGAGGGCUGCUGCUGCCGUGACUCGAACGAUUGUUGAGGUUAUUGAGAAUUGCCAUAAGCAUGGAGUGAUGCAUCGUGAUCUGAAGCCUGAAAAUUUCUUAUUCGCAAACAAAAAGGAAACAUCACCACUUAAAGCCAUUGACUUUGGUUUGUCAGUUUUCUUCAAGCCCGGUGAGAGAUUCAAUGAGAUUGUGGGAAGUCCUUAUUAUAUGGCUCCAGAGGUACUCAAAAGAAAUUACGGACCUGAAGUCGAUGUUUGGAGUGCGGGUGUUAUUCUCUACAUCUUAUUGUGUGGUUUUCCACCUUUUUGGGCUGAAACUGAACAAGGUGUUGCUCAAGCAAUCAUUCGUUCGGUGGUGGAUUUCAGAAGAGAUCCGUGGCCUAAAGUUUCUGACCGGGCAAAAGAUCUUGUCAAGAAGAUGCUCAAUCCAGACCCGAAACAACGCCUUACAGCUCAAGAAGUUCUAGAUCAUCCUUGGUUACAGAAUGCAAAGAGUGCUCCUAAUGUUUCUUUAGGCGAAACUGUGAGAGCUAGGCUCAAACAAUUCUCUAUGAUGAAUAAGCUAAAGAAAAGAGCUCUGAGGGUAAUUGCCGAGCAUUUGUCAGUUGAGGAAGUGGCCGGGAUCAAGGAGAAAUUUCAAUUGAUGGACACCAACAACAAGGGUAAAAUCGACAUUAAUGAGUUGAGAGCCGGGCUUCACAAGCUUGGGCAUCAAAUCCCUGAAGCCGAUCUUCAAGCCCUUAUGGAAGCUGGUGAUGUGGAUAAAGAUGGAUAUCUCGAUUGUGGAGAGUUUGUUGCGAUCUCUGUACACUUGAAGAAAAUGGGCAAUGACGAUCAUCUCAAGAAAGCCUUCGAUUUCUUUGAUAAAAACAAGAGUGGAUACAUAGAAAUCGAAGAGCUGAGGAAUGCCUUUGCUGACGAGGCCGAGGCAACGAGCGAGGAGGUCAUUAACGCCAUUAUUCAAGAUGUCGACACAGAUAAGGACGGGCGAAUAAGUUACGACGAAUUUGCAGCUAUGAUGAAGGCUGGCACGGAUUGGAGAAAGGCUUCUAGACAAUAUUCGCGCGAACGAUAUAACAGUCUAAGCUUGAAACUGAUGAAAGAUGGGUCUUUGGAUAUGAGCAGUGAAGUUAAAUAACCUCAAAAGGGACAUCACAAUUUGACACAGUUAACUCAUUACAAGUGAGAUGAUGGAAAAGAAUCUGGGUUUUAGUUCUCUAUUAUUUUUUUUUAAACUUUAUUUUUUGUUUCUAUUGUUUCUAUAUCAUACUGGUUUUGAGGUGUUUAUUUGGUUGGGGGAAUGGCUUGGUAUAUGUUAUAGGCAAUCAGUGAAUAUUGAUUAGUAUAAAAAUAGUUUUGAAUAUUAAUAAUUAUUUUUUUCUUUUAUUUU